GAAGCCAUUCAAUGAUGACAUUUUAUUGUUGAUUUUUAAAAGUUAUAAAAUUAAUCAAUUUAUUUAGACAUGUUUUUUUUUAGAGUUAAAAUUGUGAAAGGUCUUUGAACCAUUAGCGUUUUAGGAGUCUAGGAAGGGCAGCCUGAGAUUGUGAGGGAGGAAAGGUCUUCAAUCAAAGAGUUUGAAUGAAGGGAAAGGCGGUUGCGGAAUCUUUUAUAAAAGUGUUUGGCUUCUUCAUGGAUUAUUUUUAGGUUCAGUCUGUGUGGAGAGUAUGAUUAGAUAUGUAAGGGGGAGCAUUGAUUAAUUUUCUUAGCACAAUGUUACGGAAGGAUUGAAUUUUAUUUAAAUUUGUCUUUUUUGCACUUCCCCAUAAUUGCAUGCUGUAAGUCCAGAUUCGUUUCAUCAAUGUUUUGAAGAUCAGGAGUUUGAUAUUAGGGGAAGUAUGUUUAUUGGAGAUUAGAGGUUAGAGGAUACGAAAACGGUUGUUCAGUGAUAGUCUUUUUGCUCUAAUAUGGUGGGCCAAUGUUAAUAUUUUAUCUAGUGUAAGACCAAGGUAUUAACUGUAGGAGAGGAUGGAAUUGGAGCACCAUAUAAAGUUACCUCGGGGGAGGAGCUAGUCUAAGUGUAAAUAGGUAGUGUGUGUAGACUUGUUAUGGUGUAUUUUGAAUCUCCAAUUGAUAUACGAGUUCUCCAUAAGGUCUAGGUGAUUUUGAAGGUUUGCAGAGGCUAUGAGUGGAUUAUCAUUCAUAGAGAUGAUUACAUUGUCGUUGGCAUAGUCUUCUACUGAUGCAUUUAGUGUAAUUGGUAAAUCUACGCCGAAUAUAUUAUAGAGAACGGGGAAUAAAAUGCCACCCUGAGGGACCCCAGCACUUAUACUGCCAAUACUUGACGUGUCAGACCCGUGUCGUAUUUGGAAGGUACGUUCAGUUUCGUUUGAUUUGAUUAUAAGAUAGAAGGUUGAAGGGAGCAAUGUUUUUAGCUUAUGUAAGAAACCAGAGUACCAAACUCUAUCAAAGGCUUGUGAUACGUCUAAGAAAGUAGCUGUACAAAAUAAUUUUUUUCCAGGGAGAAAGAAAUUGCAUCUACUUCCCUGUGCAGUUGAUGGAUCGUCAAAUGUGAAGAACGAAAACCAAACUGAUAGCCUGGCAGAAUUUUCUUAUCAGAAAUUUCUGUCGACUCAUUUGGUGACUAAACAAAGAUCAUUGUUGAAUAAUUAUCAUACAUAAGCCGCUCAUUAUGUAGAAGUUUAACCCUCGUUAGGUUGGGCCAUCGUGUUUUCGAGGUGUGAAUAUAUUAUGGUGCCGAUGUGACUGCAAUGAUGGCAAUGCGGCGAUGACGGCAGCCAGCAGCGUCACCUGAGUGGCCGGCCGGUUAUGCUCGGGUCGGCGUACCCGGAUGUCGUUUAAAUGGACGGCGUCAACGUCACGGCCGCAGUGUACGAGCACAACGAGACAGUGGUGUCGUGGCCGAGGAACGCGACGACCGCCGCCGUACCGUCAUCAACGUACACGGCGCUGGAAGCGUUCACCAUCGGCUCCGUGUUGUUCCUGGUCAUCGUGGUGACGAUCGUCGGCAACGUGCUCGUCUGCAUCGCCGUGUGUCUGGUCCGCAAGCUCCGGCGCCCGUGUAACUAUCUGCUCGUGUCGCUGGCCGUUUCCGACCUGUGCGUGGCCCUGCUCGUCAUGCCCAUGGCCCUGCUCUACCUGGUCCUUGGAAAAUGGCCGUUUGGCACGUUCAUGUGCGACCUCUGGGUGUCAUUCGACGUACUGUCUUGUACCGCGUCCAUAUUGAACCUGUGCAUGAUCAGCGUGGACAGGUACUACGCCAUCACCAAGCCGCUCGAGUACGGCGUGAAGCGGACUCCUCGACGGAUGCUGGUAUGUGUGUCGCUAGUAUGGCUAGGUGCGGCGUGUAUUAGCCUGCCGCCGGUGCUCAUACUGGGCAAUGAGCACUCGACGGUGGACGGGGUACCGCACUGCACCGUGUGCCAGAACUUCGGUUACCAGAUAUACGCGACACUAGGGUCGUUUUACAUACCACUGACCGUCAUGAUCACGGUGUACUACAAGAUCUUCCGGGCCGCCCGCAAGAUUGUGCUGGAGGAACGGCGGGCGCAGAGCCACCUGGAAAACAGCCACUGUUACCUGGAGAUUAGCGUCAAGAACGGCGUUGGCCCGGUCGAGUCGAAAAUCGCCGCCACCGCGCCGGAACGUGGCCAACACGGUCACCGGGCCAGCAGCAGCGCCAGCACCGUCACCACGUGUAGUGGAACGAUAGGGAGCGGUGCACGUGGUGGUGACGGGUGCCGAUGCUGUUCAAUGGUACGCCGGUCGGUGGGCGAGUACCAGUGCCCAGUGCUGAUGGUGGUACCCAGCAACGGCCACAAUGCAGGACGUCCGGCGGCGGCCACCAAGAAGCCCGAGUCUGGCGGAAAGAAGCUCAGGUUCCAGCUGGCCAAGGAGCGGAAGGCGUCCACCACGCUGGGCAUCAUUAUGAGCGCGUUUACCGUGUGCUGGUUACCGUUCUUCGUGCUGGCGCUGGUCAGGCCGUUCCUCAGCGACCCGUCCAGCAUACCCAGCUCGCUGAGCAGCCUGUUCCUGUGGCUGGGCUACGCAAACUCGCUACUGAACCCCGUAAUCUACGCCACGCUGAACCGAGACUUCCGAAGGCCGUUCCAGCAAAUACUGUACUUCAAGUGUGGCUCGCUAAACCACAUGAUGCGCGAGGAAUUUUACCAUUCGCAGUACGGUGACCCUGAGCCACAGCACUCCACACACUAUUGCGUGAUACCCGGAGAGCCGAGCAUAGUGCCGCACCACCCGUCCCCGACCAAGCCGGACGACACGCGGACCACCGAUUCCAAUCAACAAACCCUGGCGUCCGAGUCGUUCCUCUAGUAAAUUAUACUCAAUUAUUACCACGACGACAACGAUAACAUUAAGUUUAUGAUAUUCAUUCGACACGGUGGUACAUCUAGAACAGCGGUAGUUGCACCGUCGGGUAACGGGCGGUAGUCGACAACAAUAAUAUUAUAUUGUACAAUAAUUUUAUGCUGCGACAUGAGAUUAUGUUUGCCGAUUUUAUUUCAUUAUAUUAUCCUCUUCGAUUCUGUUUACGGACUCUGAGCAAAAAAAAAAACAAUAAUAAUAAUAUGUUAAACGAUUCCGAGUGUCAAAAACUGCAAAAAAUGGUAUAUAACAUAAUAUUUAAAAUUCAUUGUAACAUAAAUAUUAUACAUAAUUUAUAUAUCAUCUGUUUUUGUUUUUGUUUUUACAAUCGCGCAAUAAACACUUAAUUACAAUUCACGGUUUGAUAUCUGAUUAUAAAAUCUUCCCGGAGUUUGACAUAUUAGUUUUAACCGUAAUAAUCCUCAAUUAUAUUAUAUCAGAAACCUUUUACGAUGAUUCAAUUGUUUUGUCGACAACAGCGUGAUCAAAGAUGUUAAAAAAUGAGUAAUUUAUGUUAAAAUUGUUUGUAAUAUUAUCUAAUUGAUUUUGUGUAGUUUGUGUCUUCCGUUGUGAUCACUUUGAUAUCUAUUUAUUCAGACGCAUUACGCUUAUAUACGUAUGUGUAGUCGGUACACAUUAUGUAGAGAGGUACUAAUUUAUUUUCUCUGAACUACUGUAAUAAAUUGAAUACUUUCAAUUCAUUUUCAUUUUUCAGUUCAUUAUUAUUUGUAUCUUCCAUUCAAUGUUGAACAACGCAUUUAGAAAAAAAUAUUAAGCAACUCAUACUUAUUCACAUGCAUAAAAAAAUAUGUUUCCAAUAAUUUUAAUUACUUAAUAUAUCCAGUAUAUGCACUUCAAUCAUAAAAAUAAGAAAUUAAUCUCAUCACAUUGCUCAUGGUUACACAUUUUUAUAGAAAUAUAUCUAAUGUCACGAAUGCCAAUUUCAAUAUACAAAUAAAUUAAGUUAUCUAUUGAUUUUUAACUAUAUCUUAUUUUUUUAAUGAUCUUAAGCAUCGGCAACUAUGCAGGCCAUUAGAGUUUUGUAGGGGGGGAGGGGUUACGAUUGGUUGAAGAACACAUGUAUGUGGGACGACGAUUUGCCACUAAAACCAGGGUGGUCACCCAUCCAGGAACUAGUGAAAGCGGCCGAUGCUUGACCUAAAAACAUGUAAAUGACUAAGGCCAACCACCGAGCCAUACCAGACCCCCUAUGUCAUAUUAUUUGUACCCACUGAAAAUAUUUUGCUUAUUUAACUGUACAUUUUUAUAUUCUUUGUUGAAACUUAUCUUCACGACUAUUUAAAAUGUACCAUAUACCUACGACCUAUCAAAUAAAAGUUCUUUAUUAAC